AUGUCUACGCCCAAUCCUGUGUUCGACAAGAAACGUCAUAUCAAGUACUGGAAGCGUUGUGCCGACUUACUACCCGAGCAAUACACCGCCGGCGAUGGCAGCCGAUUAUCUCUCGCCUUCUUCAUCAUUGCUUCUCUCCAUCUGCUGGACGCACUAGAGACAACAUUCUCCGUCCGGGAUAGGCAGGCAUGGAUUGACUGGAUCUACUCGCUGCAAGUGGCCUCUGGAGGCUUUCGAGGAUUUCCAGGCACAAAUCUGGGUGACAGGAGAACCCUGGAAAACGAGCACUGGGAUCCGGCGAAUCUGCACAACACGUUCAUGGGGUUGCUUACUUUGCUCAUGCUUGGGGAUGAUUUGAGUCGUGUACGGCGGAAGGAGUGCUUGAGCUGGGUGAAGAGCCUGUCACGGCGAAAUGGGAGCUUUGGUGAGAUGUUGGGAGAAGGGGGAAUCAUUCUCGGCAAAAGCGAUCUGAGAUCUGUAUAUUGUGCUGUGGGCAUAGUGUUCAUCCUAGCCGAUCGAGACACAGCAAGUGAGUGGCUGGACAAGGAUGAUAUCGUUAGACACCUGUCCAACUGUCAGGACCAUGAUGGUGCCUUUGGCCAGUCGUAUCUGCGAGAGGCACAUGCUGGUCUCAACUUCUGCGGUAUGGCCACCUUGGAACUUCUAGACAGACUUUUUACUUCGGAAAAGUCAGCUAAGAGUGGUUUUGCAUCACCACUACUGGAUCUUGAAGCCAACAUUGGCUGGGUGCUACAUCGACAAACAACGUGGGUAAACGACGACGACUCAGACAGUGAAGACGAGAACGAAGAAGACUCCGCGAUUGAUAAUGCACCACAUGAUGAGCCACAAGCAAUCCCAGUCGGAUUUGGAGGUCGCUGCAACAAGAUGGCGGACACCUGCUAUUGCUUCUGGAACGGAGGCGCACUAGCUCUACUGAAAAAGGAGAAUCUGAUCGAGGCGGAUGGCAUGCGGCAAUAUCUACACGGAAGUACACAACAUAUGAUAGGAGGCUUCUCGAAGGUGCCGGGUAUGUUGCCAGAUCUGCUGCACGCAUAUGCUGGUCUUGCAGCAUUAGCGAUUGUGGGAGAGGUGGGUCUAGAAACACUGGACAGCGCAUUGGCGGUCAGUCAAAGGACAGCCGCAAGGCUGAAAGAGCUACGAAGCUCUUGGUCUGCUUUGAAACCAGACUGA